UUUAAAACAUCGAAGUGAAGUAUAAUGGCUGAUACUGUUGCUCCUGUUGCUGCUCCGGUUGCUGCCUCUCCGGCCAAGGCACCCAAGAAGGCCAAAGCGUCCAAGGGGGAUGCCAAGAAACCGAAAAAACCAGCGACUCACCCACCAGUGAACGAUAUGGUUUUGGCCGCUAUCAAGACCCUCAAGGAACGUAACGGAUCCUCGCUGCAAGCCAUCAAGAAGUACAUCGCCGCCAAUUACAAAUGCGAUGUUGCCAAGUUGGCUCCGUUCCUUAAGAAGGCCCUGAAAUCAGGCGUCGAGAAGGGAAAGCUGGUCCAAACAAAGGGAACUGGUGCUUCCGGUUCAUUCAAGGUUAAGGCCGAUGCUAAGAAACCAGCUGGUGAGAAAAAGGCUAAGAAACCUAAAAAAGAAACCAAAGCAAAGAAACCCGCUGGCGAGAAGAAGAAGGUAGCCAAAAAACCAAAGGCCACCGCCGCCAAGAAAACUGGUGAGAAGAAGGCCAAAGCAGCUCCGGCUAAAGCCGCCAAGAAGGCUGCUGGAGUGAAAAAGGCUGCUGCUCCCAAACAGAAGGCUACGAAGCCAUCGAAGACCGUGGCUAAGAAGCCAAAGACUCCCAAGCCAAAAAAAGCUACUCCAGCCAAAAAGGCUGCUCCGAAAAAGGCCGCUGCCAAGAAGUAAAAAGUUCAAUGGAAAUAACAAAAUUUUAUUGAAACAAUCAGUCCUUUUCAGGACUACCAACAAUGUAAAUGAAGAAGUUAAUUUGUUUUUAUUCUUUGCAAAUGUAUUAUGUUAAUGGCAUGGUCAACGGUAGACUCAACCUAUCCUAGAAAAACAAGUUAGUUGCCCUCAAACAGAACAUUCUCCCUGUGAUCGAAUAUGGUUUAUCAAUCUAGCAGACCUGCACCAAAUGUCAUCUUAGAAGACAAGAUUAUCUAAAUCAAAAUUUUCGUAUAAUUCUGGUUGGGUACAUACAAUUCAAAAAUAAAUACGUAUUUUCAACAAA